AUGGACUCGCUCGGCUGCGGCUGCUGCCCUCACCUGGCUCCUCUCCCGCACCUUGCAGGUGUGAUCCGGUGCAUGGUGCUGCUUAUCACACUGCUGGGCACAUGGUUCAUCAUGCAGACGUACUUCCACCACAGCUGGAAAACCAUCAGCCUGCGGAGCUGGCUCGGUGCCAGGAACAAGCCCAGCAGUGAGAAGCUGCCCCGGCACAAGUGUGGGAACCAGAAGAGCUGCCCUCAGAAUUAUUUUGCCUUCAAGAUCAUCAGUGGUGCUGCAAACGUGGUGGGACCUUCCAUCUGCUUUGAAGACUUGGUCCUCAUGAGCAGCAUCAAAAACAACAUUGGCAGAGGCCUGAACAUUGCACUGGUGAAUGGAACAACUGGGAAGCUCCUGAAAACUGACUCAUUCGACAUGUACUCUGGAGACAUUAAAAAGCUGGAAACCUUCCUCCAAGGGAUCAGGCGCGGCACCCUCGUGCUGACAGCAAGCUACGACGAUCCUGCCACAAAGAUGAAUGACAAUGUACGGGCACGUUUCAUGGAGCUGGGCAGCAGUCACGUGAGUGAGCUGGGCUUUCGGGACAACUGGGUCUUCUUGGGAGCAAAAGGGCUGAUGAACAAGACCCCCUUUGAAAAGCACAUCAAAAAUGAUAAGGAGACAAAUAAAUAUGAGGGCUGGCCUGAGCUGCUGGAGAUGGAGGGCUGUGCCCCCAGGAAGAUGGAUUAGCAUCAAACUCUAGCCUGCCACACAGGGCAACCUCCACCAGUCCCACAGGCACACCAGCUCCAUCGUGGAGAUCCCAGCCUCUCCACUUCCCGGUCACACAGCCCAGCAGCUGCUGCCUGCUCCUAGGAACCGUCUGUUUCACAGCAGGAACUGUGCAGGGUUUGGAGAAGAGCUGCACAAGUGCUUGGAGAGCCUGAGCAAACACCUGGCCAAGUUUCAGCCGAGCUGUCCUACUCUAUGGGUCAAUUUGGGGUAUUUUAUUUUU